AUGCUUCCCCUUCGAUGCGCCAGGUGGCAGCCGCGUGCGACCUGGAUGCGGAAACUGAAUGCAUCCUCCUCACUCAACCCCGUCGCAUACCGGAGUUUGUCUACGGCGCAGAGUACUCGUAAUGAUGGCAAACCGUUUCGGUUAGCGGUCAUCGGCUCCGGCCCAGCCGGGUUUUACACGGCUUACAGGGCCAUGUCCAAAAUUCAAGACGCCAAGGUCGACAUGUACGAGGCGUUGCCCGUCCCUUUUGGUCUGGUGAGAUUUGGAGUUGCCCCAGACCACCCUGAAGUAAAGAACUGCCAGGAAAAGUUCGAAGAGGUGGCCUCCUCCCCAAACUUUACCUUCAUUGGGAAUGUUUCCAUCGGUACCAAGAGUGACCACCCAGAUGGCGGUACUAUUCCGCUAGCCAGCAUCCUCCGUCAUUAUCACGCCGUGGUAUUCUCAUACGGCGCCGCAAAGGACAGGACCUUGGGUAUUCCGGGUGAGGACUUGAAAGGCGUCUACUCGGCCCGAGAGUUUGUCGGCUGGUACAAUGGCCUCCCUGAACAUGCCGACCUCGCCCCUGACCUCACUCAGGGGGAAGAGGCCGUCAUCAUUGGCCAGGGAAAUGUGGCUCUUGACGUGGCCCGGAUGCUACUCGAGGACGUGGACGUUCUUCGCAAGUCCGACAUUGCCGAGCACGCCAUUGAAACACUCUCCAAGAGCAAGGUCAAGCGGGUGCACAUCGUCGGCCGCCGCGGCCCGAUGCAGGCAGCCUUCACCAUUAAAGAGAUCCGCGAACUGAUGCGCCUCCCCUCGGUUGCCUUCCACCCUAUCGACACCUCCCUGAUCCCACCGGACCCGAAAUCACUGCCCCGCGCCCCCCGCCGACUCAUGGACAUCCUCCUCAAGGGCUCCCCAACCACACUCUCCGACCAAGCCCAAAAGUCCUGGUCCCUCGACUUCCUCCUCUCCCCAACCGCCUUCCUCCCCACCACAACCACAACCACCACCAACCCACCCCGCCUCGCCUCAACCCAAUUCACCCCCACCACCCUCUCCCCCAGCCCCUUCGACCCGCAAGCCUACGCCCUCCCCACCACCCCCCCCUCCACCUCCACCACAACAACCCUCCCCUCCGCCAUAGCCUUCCGCUCCAUCGGCUACCGCUCCACCCCCCUGCCCGAGUUCGCCCCGCUCAACAUCCCCUUCAGCGAGCGGUGGGGCGUGCUCAGCCACGACGGGCGCGGGCGUGUCGCGCACGAGGAGCGCGCCGCCGACGGCGCCAUGCGCCUGGGCGCGUUCCGCGGGCUGUACUGUGCCGGGUGGGUGAAGCGCGGGCCGACGGGGGUGAUCGCGUCGACGAUGGAGGAUGCUUUUGCGACGGCGGAUGCGAUUGUGGAGGAUUGGGGGGGUGGUGGUGGUGGUGGUGGUGAUGGUGGUGGUGAUGCGGGGAGGGGGAGGUUUUUGAAUGAGGGUGGUGCUGAGGGGGGGAGGGAUGUUGGGGGGUGGGAGGGGGUUAGGGCGGAGGUGGGAGGGGAGGUGGACAAGGCGAGGGUGGUGGAUUGGGAGGGGUGGAGGAGGAUUGAUGCUGCUGAGAGGGAGAGGGGGAGGAAGGUGGGGAAGGAGAGGGAGAAGUUUACGAGAACGGCGGAUAUGUUGGCUGUUUUGGGCUGAUGGGUGACGGGGUGUUUUGGGUGUGUGCAUACAUAUACAUAGGUACGUCGAGUAGAUAUUUGUACAUUUUUGUAACUAUAACUGUAACGUCUACG